AUGACGGAGAGGGGAAAGAGUGCGAAGAGGUUUAUUCAGGAGGGGGAAAGGGCGGGGGAGGAGAAGCGCGCCAAGGGAGAUGACCUCCUUGACGGUGGGGAGGAUGAUCUGCUUGGCGGUGGGGAGGAUGAUCAGCCCAGUGAUAGGGGGAAUGAUCAGCCAAGUGAUAGGGGGGAGCAGUUUGACGAGAUAGCAGCCGCCGCUUCACUCGAGGGGGUCGGCCCCCCGACCCAGACGCAAGCCCACCAAACAGAUGGCACGAGGAAGAGCCCAGAAAAGGCACAAGCGGUACCCAAUGAAGAAAUAAAGAAGUACAUAGAGAAAAGAAUACCAAACGUUAGCAGAAAUUUACAAGUAGACGUAUGUGUAGCCAUACCCUCCUCCAUUAUAAACAACAGGAGCGACGUAAUAAAGUCCUAUUUGACGAGCUACUUGGCGAGAAUAUUCACCGUUUUUUCCGUCUCCAAGGUGUACAUAUAUGACGACCAAAUGGCCAACGAGCGGUGUGAGCAGCAGUUGAAUAGUGGGAACUCCACCCAUGGUACUGCCCAUCCGCACAAGACGCACGAGGGGGACCAAAACUACCACAUCGAUAGGGUUGGCAGUAAGCACCAAGGAAAGAGACCAAGCAGUCACUCAUCUUCACAGGAAGGAGAAGGAGAAAAAUCAACCCCCCAAUAUUCCUACUUGUGUCAGUACCUACACUACAACUUACAGUAUUUGGAGACACCACAAUAUUUGAGAAAGCACCUUUUCCCUAUAACUCAUUUUUUAAAGCACUCAGGAAUAAUGAAUCCUGUGGAUGCACCCCACCACUUGAGAAGCGAUGAGUGGCUUCCUUUUCGAGAAGGGGUUGUAAUAAAGAAGAAGUCAAAUGGAGUCAUUGUGGACGUUGGGUUGUUUGCUCAUGCACAUAUAGAAAAUGUAACCCAUGUGGAUAUUGGGACGAGAGUUACCGUCCUGUUUCAUCCCAACUCGUUUCUCCUAUUUCAGAGGAGAAAUGGAAAUGCUUUAUUUUCAGGAAAAUUAAUUAACCCCAGUACUCCAAAGCUGUACAAUUUGUAUUGGGGGUACUCCGUCGAACUGCUAAAACGGCUGAGCGAUGUUUUUGACCUCGGCGUAGACUACAUCGUGGGCACCUCCGAGCGGGGGCACUGCAUGGGCGACGCGGCCGACGCGAUCAGAGGAGUCAGCUCCAUCCUCAUCGUGUUCGGAAACAAGCAGGGGCUGGAAGACCUGCUCAUCAAGGAGCGCGAAGAGCGGAAAAAAAAAAGCUACGCCGUGGAGAAGAGGAGCAAAGUUUUGAACAAAAUGUUGAAGAAAUUCCACCUAUUCGUUAACACGUGCCCCCACCAGACCUCCAGGACAAUACGGACGGAAGAGGCCAUAGCGAUAACGUUGUCGCUGUUUCAUAACAUUCUCGUGUAG